UUUCGAUCCAGCCCAGGACAGACAUGACUGGAAGCAAAUUUCUAUCUGACUGAUGUUCGUGGGCCUUUGUGAACUGAGCUGAGGGAAUCCACGUCAGACAUAGCCUCUCAGAGAGGCCACGUCAUGGAGUCAGCUUCCUAUCUCACCCCUGGAGAUGAGCCCCUCCAAGGCAGGGGGUUGUGAAGAGAGCCUGGCUGCUGCUCCGUGGACAGAGGGAUUCAGCCUCAAGGACUCGCAGCCUGGCCCCGUUCAUUCGUAACUCCCAGAGCUGAGAGAAGACAGGAGCUGUCAGAGAUUUAACCACAGGCAGUUUCUCAGCAGAAUUAGUGCUGCAGGGUACUGCUCCCACAGCAUGGCACAGAAUAAGCCGGCAGCCUCCAAAGGGGAGGUCAGUGAUUUAGCCACAGUUCAGCAAACAAAUGAAUCCUUAAACAAGCCUGCAAUCUCUUUAGUCUGAGGUAGCUAAAAUAGAAGCCACUUGAGGCUGGAUGUACUUCUCCAAGUGACCUCUUUGGAACAACCAGACACCGGGCAGUAACAAGGCCAAGGCCAUGGCUACACUGGAGAGUUGCAGCGCUGGUGAUGGGGUUACAGCGCUGCAACUCACUCUGUGUCCACACUUGCAAAGCACGGCCAGCGCUGCAACUCCCUGGCUGCAGUGCUGGCUGUACACCUGGUCUGCUUGGGGUGUAGCGAUUCCAGUGCUGGUGAUGCAGCGCUGUUCAUCAAGUGUGGCCAGCAAAAGCGCUUUUAUUGGCCUCCAGGGUAUUAGGAGGUAUCCCAGCAUACCUUUUCAGCCACUCUGCUCAUCGUUUCACACUCCACUGCCCUGGGCUCAGGUGACCCGCCCUUUAAAUGCCCCGGGAAUUUUAAAAAUCCCCUUCCUGUUUGCUCAGCCAGGUGUGGAGUGCAAUCAAUCACUGACCAUGCCUCCACGCCCCAAACGAGCCCCAGCAUGGAACACUUCCGAGCUGCAGGACCUCAUCAGUGUUUGGGGUGAGGAAGCUGUGCAGUCACAGCUGCGCUCCAGCCGUAGAAAUUAUGAUACCUAUGGGCAGAUAUCAAAGUCCUUGCUGCUAAGGGGCCAUGAAUGGGACGCGUUGCAGUGCAGGGUAAAAGUAAAGGAGCUGCGCAGUGCCUAUUGCAAAGCCCGCGAGGGAAACCGCCGCUCAGGAGCUGCCCCCACGACCUGCCGUUUUUACAAGGAGCUGGAUGCCAUACUUGGGUGUGACCCCACUGCCAAUCCGAGGAGCACGAUGGAGAGUUCAGAGCAGGGAGAAGUGGGGGAGGGUGUAGAGGAAGCCGAGAGUGAGGCUACUGGGGUGGAGGGAGACACCCCGGAGUCCCAGGAGGCAUGCAACCAGGAGCUCUUCUCAAGCCAGAAGGAGGCUAGCCAGUUGCAGCAGCUGGAACUUGUUGGUGAAGAGGAAGCAGAGGAGCGGGUUCCCGGUAAGCAGAUUUUAUUUUUAGGAUGGAAAUGUUUUGUGAGAGGAGGGUGGGGGUUAUGGCUACCUGCAUGCAUGCCUAAAUGUGGAAUAGCCCAUUGAUUUGGUCUAUCACAUCUCUGUAAUCGGACUCGGUAAUCUCUUCAAAAGUUGCAGCCAGAGCGUGGGCAAUGUGCUUGCGCAAGUUUAUAGGGAGAGCCACCGUGGUCCUUGUCCCGGUCAGGCUAACUCUUCCGAGCCAUUGUGCCGCGAGGGGUGGGGGGACCAUUGCUGCACACAGGCAAGCUGCAUAGGGUCCAGGGCGGAAUCCACAUUGCUGUAGAAGACCCUCCCUCUCUUCCCAGGUAACAUGCAGCAGUGAUAUAUCUGGCAGUAGAAAAUCCUGUUGAAAAUGUAGUGAUGAUUGUUCAGUGCAGGUCCCCAACUAUCUGCCCUCUGCUUUCCCCACUGCUGGUCCCCAACUGUCUGCCUUCUGCUUUCCCCACUGCAGGUCCCCAACUGUCUGCCCUCUGCUUUCCCCACUGCAGGUCCCCAACUGUCUGCCCUCUGCUUUUCCCAAUGCACAGAAACCCCAGCCCUCAGGCAGUUCCCCUUCCCAGGUGAAGUCACGGCAGAAACACUCACCCCAUUGCUCGACAUGCCUAUGCCUUCGCUGCCGUGGCCUAUCUGUGCUAUGUUAGGUAUGUGGGAAUGAUGCUACAAAAAGUCUACAAACUCCUUCACUGUGAUAAUAAACAAUGUAGCCUCUGUAUUACAUGUUUCUAUUUAUGUUUUUUUAAGUGUCCUUGAAUAAUCCAGCCCUAUCACCGCCUGUGCGAACGUUACAGAACUUGAGGAAAAAUCCUAGAAAAUCAAAAGAAGAUUUGAUCAAAGCAGUUAUGAAUCAGUACGCCAGAGACAGUAAGAGGCUGCAGGACUGGAGAGAGAAAAUGCAGGAGUGGAGACAAACACAGAGCAGGAGAAAGGAAUUGGCUACCAAGAAAAGCACAAAGCAGAUGAUAAGUCUCCUGGCUCGCCAAACUGACUGUAUGCAGUCUCUUGUAGCCACGCAGGCAGAUCAGUACCGUGGUAACCCCCACCCCUCCCAAAGCUCUCUCCCUUGUUCCCCAGUGUUUGCACAAAACACCUUUCUCCAGCAGCCUGGUUCUUACCACCACCAGUUGCCCCCAACACCUGUACGUUCACCUACCAGCCCUGGUAACUACAACCCUUACCCUAUGCACUCAACCCCCAUCACGAUGCAGCAUAUUAAUCCUGAAGGGCAGCAGGCAUUGAACAGCAAUCCAAGCAGGACAUAUUCAUACCUCUGAAUGUACAGUCCACCACCCUACCCCCCUGCCCUUUUAUGUACUGUAUUUUGAAUAAAAGAUUUCUUGGCUUAUAAAACAUUUUUUUAUUAUUGCAGAAAGUGAGAAAUACUGUACCCCAAGGGAAAAACGGGCACAGCAAAGGCACCAAACAUUACUGUUGGCUUUCAGCCUCAAAUUGCUCCCUUAAGGCAUCCCUAAUCCUUGAAGCCCUUUGCUGGGCCUCUCUAGUAGCCCUGCUCUCUGGCUGUGCAAAUUCAGCCUCUAGGCAUCGAACCUCGGAGGUCCAUUCUUCACUGAAUCUUUCACCCUUCCCUUCACAAAUAUUAUGGAGGGUACAGCACGCGGAUAUAACAGCGGAGAUGCUGCUUUCCCCCAAAUCUAGCUUCCCGUAGAGACACCUCCAGCGCGCUUUUAAACGGCCAAAAGCACACUCCACAGUCAUUCUGCACCGGUUCAGCCUGUAGUUGAACUGGUCCUUCCUCCUG